CACAUGAUGGUUUGAUAUAGUUUAAUAUGUUCACUAUUAUAAACGUAUUUAAGCUGACUGACACACAACUGUUUUCUUAACAAUGAAAUUUGUGGUACUUUUUGUGUUUCUAUUUCUUGGAGUUGUGUCAGGGUUUCUAGUUGAAAAUGGGAACGCAACUUCAUCAACUCAUCAAGCAACUGAUCAAGUUAUUCAAAAUAUGUAUAACUUGAUUGUAAACGAGCAAAGAUCAAGGCUUCAACUGCAGAAACUGGUGACGACUCUAAGCAAAAAAGUUGAUAAGCUUGAACACGCACAGGGCCAGAUUCAGACAGAAUUUCUCCAAAAUUUUACGAAGAGAUUAAAUGAAACAAACGUGUCAGUCGGAUUUGCAGUCUCAGACCCAGACAAUUCCUCCGGUUCUGCCCUUAAGUUCAAACAGGUAAUAUACAAUUCAGGCGACGACUAUAGUUUGUCCUCAGGUGUGUUCACUUGCAGAUAUCCAGGACUCUACUUCUUCACAGCAACUCUUUUCAGAAAACCGGGUCUUCGUGAAAGCGCAUGUGAUUUUUCUGUCAACGGCAUUGACCAGUUAUCAGUGAACAGUGGUACUGAUGUCAAUGCUGGAUAUCAGUCUGGAUCAGCAUCACUUGUUUAUCGUUUAAAGGCAGGAGAUAUUGUUAUGCUAUCGGAUUGCAUUGGAAUAAACUAUCUGUACGCAUUUUCCUCUUUCACUGGAUUUCGUGUUUCGUAUUAAUUGACCAAUCGCAGUCGGUUAAUAACAUAAAACUUAAAGAUGUAUAAUUUACACAGUUUUCAAAAGGCGUUUAAGACUUUAUAUUAUUAAACUUUACUAUAUUCUAUACAUGAAUACAAAAAAAAAUUACAAAAGUUUACCAUCUUGUUUAUGAAUUGUUGACAAUUAAAGUUAAACUUUUGUAUCGGUUUUAUACAACAACAACAACAGCAACAACAACAAUUAUGUUUUCCUUAUCUCUAGAACAGUUUCACUUAUUUCAAAUUUUCCUUACUUGAAAACCGAUAAUAAAGAACUAU